GCCGCGCCGGAAGUUCCCGGCAGUGCCUGGCGGUAACCUUGGGCUUCCUCGCCGCCACGCCGCCACGCCACCUCGCCGCCCCCGUUGCAUGGGCUUUGCAAAACUGGGUCUCCGCCGAGUGGGAGCCCAUUAGGAACCUGGAACCGCCGAGCUGCCGAGGGAAGAAAUAAGCAGCAGCGGGAGCGGGCGGGCAGCGUGGACGCACUGCCGCCUCAGCCGAGAUGUCUCUGGUGGCGGAAGCCUUCGUGUCCCAGAUCGCAGCUACAGAACCUUGGCCUGAAAAUGCUACUUUAUAUCAGCAGCUGAAAGGGGAGCAGAUUUUGCUUUCUGACAAUGCAGCUUCUCUUGCUGUGCAGGCCUUUUUACAAAUGUGUAAUCUGCCUGUCAAAGUGGUUUGUAGGGCAAAUGCUGAAUACAUGUCGCCAUCAGGUAAAGUACCUUUUAUUCAUGUAGGAAAUCAAGUAGUAUCGGAACUUGGCCCAAUAGUCCAAUUUGUUAAAGCAAAGGGCCAUUCUCUUAGUGAUGGGCUGGAUGAAGUCCAAAAAGCAGAAAUGAAAGCCUACAUGGAAUUAGUCAACAAUAUGCUGUUGACUGCUGAGUUGUAUCUUCAGUGGUGUGAUGAAGCUACAGUAGGGGAGAUAACUCAUGCUAGAUAUGGAUCUCCUUAUCCUUGGCCUCUGAAUCAUAUUUUGGCCUAUCAAAAACGAUGGGAAGUUAAACGUAAGAUGAAAGCUAUUGGCUGGGGUAACAAGACUCUGGACCAGGUUCUAGAAGAUGUGGAUCAGUGCUUUCAAGCUCUUGCUCAAAGACUGGGAUCACAGCCGUAUUUCUUCAAUAAGCACCCUACUGAACUAGAUGCUCUGGUGUUUGGCCACCUGUACACCAUUCUUACCACUCAGUUGCCCAGUGAGGAGCUUUCUGAGAAGGUGAAACACUAUAGCAACCUCUUUGAAUUUUGUAGAAGAAUUGAACAGCACUACUUUGAAGAGCGUGGCAAACGUGCUCCAUUACAUGACUUGUAAAAUUUUGGUGUUUAGUUGUUUUAUUUUUUUAAAAAGUCACUUUAAAAAUAUUCUGCUUAAAUGUUGCAGAAGAAGUUAAUAUUUGAAUUGUAAAACAAAAAGAAAUGCAUUUUAAAACUUCAACAAAUUAUAUGUAUCCUAUACUUGUACUUUAUAUUAUUUGUAUACACAUUAAAAUAAUUUUCAGUGACUUUCUUUCAUUAUUGUACUCUGUCUUUGAAAUUUGUUUUCUCAGAACAUGUAUGCAUAUAAAAAUAAAGCUUAAACAACAGUA